GGAGGCGGGAAGAGCCGGGCGGCGGCCUCCAGCAGGCUGCAGGCGCCGCGGCCUCGGGCUCCCGCCUCCAUGACUGGGGAACCGAGGCAACCCGCCCGGUGGUGGGGCACGAUGCUCCUCUCUCCUUCCGGGAGUCUCGCAGCUGGCCGCCUAGGUUGUGGUAGAAACUUAACUCAAAAGCCUCGGUAGCCGCCUUUUCCUUUUGAGAAGGGAUUUAUUCCUACGACUUCUAGACGUGGUCGCCGUGCCCAGUUUAUGGUAACCUUUUCAGUUUUGCCUACCCAACUGGCCUUUAAUUUUUUUUUUUAUGUAGUGCAGGGUGGCCUCGAACACGGCUUAUGUUAGUUUUUCUAGCGAUUUAUUUACCGCUGGGUAUGGUAGCACAUACCUUUAAUACCAGCUCUUCGGGAGGCAGAAGCGGGCCGAGCUGUCUCUGAGAUCUACAGAGCGAGUUACAGGCCUGCCAGUUCAACCGUGAGACCUCAUUGUUUUUAUUGACGGUUGAUUAUGGAAGAUUCCCACAAGAGUAACACUUCAGAGACUGCAUCACAGCCUGGUUCAACAGUUCCGGGAAUCAUUUCUCAGAUAGUCCAUCAGGAAAAUUUUGAAAGACCUCUCUUCUGAAGACACACGGGGCAGAAAAGGAGACGGAGAAAAUCCCAGUAUUUCUGCCGUCACUUCUAUGUCUGUUCCGACUCCCAUCUAUCAGACUAGCAGCGGACAGUACAUUGCCAUUGCCCCAAACGGAGCCUUACAGUUGGCCAGUCCAGGCCCGGAUGGAGUACAGGCCCUGCAGACAUUGACCAUGACAAAUUCAAGCAGUGCUCAGCAAGGGGCGAUCCUCCAGUACGCGCAGACCUCUGACGGACAGCAGAUACUCGUCCCGAGCAACCAGGUGGUGGUGCAGACUGCAUCAGGAGAUAUGCAGACCUACCAGAUCCGUACCACACCAUCUGCCACGUCACUUCCACAGACCAUGGUGAUGACUUCUCCUGUUACCCUUACAUCUCAGACAACAAAGACAGAUGACCCCCAACUCAAAAGAGAAAUACGGCUGAUGAAAAACAGAGAAGCUGCCCGGGAGUGCCGGCGGAAGAAGAAGGAGUAUGUGAAGUGCCUGGAGAACCGCGUUGCUGUUCUGGAAAACCAAAAUAAAACCCUAAUAGAGGAGCUAAAGACUCUGAAGGACCUUUAUUCUCAUAAAAGUGUUUGAUUCUUUAAAGAGAAAGUAUUUUCGUGGACUUUUAAGCUUAAAAAUUAGGUGUAUUUCUUUUUAGUGGAAUUGUAUUAAUUCAAAGGUCAAAGAAGCCACUCUGUUGGGUUGUCACAGCCAAUGAGAUGGAGGGUGAAUGGAGACGGCCUUCAGGAAGCUGCUGGCUCAGCUGGAAGCUCCCAAAGGAGAGAUGCUCAAGGAAACGGACUUUCAGCAGUUUAAAUGGAAAUAAAAUAAUAGUCAGCAACGAAACUGGCAGGUGACAUUAGUGAAGCAGUCAAUGCCUGCUAAGUCUUUAUCUCUGUUCCCUAAAACUUGCCUUUCUGUGUGUGUGUGUAUGUGUGCGUGUGCGUGUGUGUAUUUCUGCCAAUAAAUUUAAAUUACAAAUGUAAAAGAAUGCAUAAACCGUUGCUAAGUGUGUAAAUUAUGUGUCUGACUGUGUCGUACUGUCAGGCUGUGUUGAGUGAGUUUUUCAGUUAGUUUUGUUGGACUAGAUGGUUCGUGAAGAUCUGAACGAUGUGGACAUACAUCCUUCUAUGGUGAUGGUGGUUUGUGACUUUUUAUCAGAAUGGAAAGAGAACUGUCUGCAAGCUUGGCAGUUUAAUAGUUUGGUUUUUGCUUCCUCUGAUAAGGGCGAUUUUUCUUAAGAACAUAAUAAAUUGGUUUUUUUUUAUUUUUUUUUGAUUCUCUAAUCCUGUAUGCAGGUGAAGAUCAUUAUUCUUUUGUGCUUUAACAGAAUGAAGUGUUUACAAACGCCCUUAAAAUGUUUAAAUAACCUGAAGAUGUACACCAAAGCUCUCCUGAGGGAUUUUAUAAUCAUCUUACCGUAGUCUGUCAGGUCCUGAGAGAGUUACUGAGGCCAUCUCACAUCGAGACUGCUGUGUGUAGCCUACGGUACCUUUAUAAAAGAAGUGACUGCCGAUAUAUUUUUAUAGUGAAUCUUUAUAAAUUCUAAUGUUGAGUUUUAAAUGAUUAUUUUAAAUGUUUAUAUAGUUUGUUUAGUAAAAGAAAAUUUGUAUCUCAAAGUAUCAUUUUUAUAUUAUGAGAAGAGUAAAGUUUUCAAUUGGCUGAUAAUUGAAUUGUAUGUUUUAUAUAAAGUUUUAUCUGAAGUUCCAGCUGUGGUCAGUACAGCAGCAUUUAACCUCUGUAUUCUAAUGUGUUCACUUGGAAACUGCAAAACUAUUGUGUGCCUACACAGUAUGUUUCAUAUUGUCUAUGAAAUUAAAGAACAUUUGAUAAGACUAA